CUCUGCUCAAGACUUCUGCCCAUGGAUAUCCACCUGAGCACGCACGCUGGCCUGCUUUUCACAACAGACGGAGGGAAUUCGAGGCAUCCGCUGUGUGUUUGACAGGUAUCAGAGUGAGGAUUUAGUCUUCAGGACAGCCUAGUGUGGGUGUAGCUAUUUAGAAGACCUGUUGAUAUCUCUCAUCUGUUCUGCAUUUCACCAGUUCUGUAUACUGCCUUUGCCCCAGCCCAUCUCUCCUCUCCUCUCCUGAGCUGUCUGUUUCUCAAUGGCCUUCUCAUCUCGUUUCUCAUUUUGGGAGAAAAAGGUCAAAGAUGAAAAUGUACCAGGUGCCAAAGGCUCCAGUUCGGACAGUGAGAACAGUCCAUCGCAGACAGCGGUGAGUGGUGCAACCGAUCAGCGUUCAGUGGCACCAAACCAAGAGCGCUCACCAAUUGAAGACCAGCAAAGCAACCGCUGCAUGAAUGGGCGUCAUGGUGGUGUGGAGUCCGACUCAUUGGCGAGGACAGGAAUGAAUGCGGCACAGAGGGUUACGCCAAAAAUGGGAUCAGUAGAACAGGCUUCUUCUUCCACGUCAGUUCCCAAAUCAAGCCCCCUCCAAACUGGCCGCUCCAAGGAUAGAGACGACCUUUCUGCUGGUUUGACAAGCCUAAUGGGCCGUGCGAGGACUAAAGAACACCGGUCUCGUUCGAGGGCUGCUGAACACAAAGAAACCCCAAAACAGGUCAAAGAAAGUCAGAUCUCUUCAGAGGAGGCAAAAGAGGAAACCCAAACAUCCGUGCCUAACUCUGCAUCCAGUUCACCUGCUUCUAAAGUGGACCCUCUUGCACCUCCCUCUGGAUUCAUUCCACCUGCCAAGCCCAACCCACUCGCUCCACCCACUGGGUUCAUCCUAGCUCCUAAACCCAACCCUUCCACUCAACUUGCAUCCAAACCUGAUCCUCUGGCCCCACCUGCUGGAUUCAUCCCAUCUCCUAAACCCAACCCCCUGACUCAGCUGACAUCCAAACUUGAUCCUCUGGCCCCACCUGCUGGAUUCAUCCCAUCUCCUAAACCCAACCCCCUGACUCAGCUGACAUCCAAAUCUGAUCCUCUGGCCCCACCAAACGGAUUCAUCCCAGCUCCAAAAUCCAACCCCACCUCUCAACCUCCAUCUAAACCUGAUCCUCUGGCACCACCAAUGGGAUUUGUUCCCACCCCAAAGCGAGACCCAUUUGCGCCAGUGUCAGGAUUCAUCCCCAAGCCCAAAGUGGACCCAUUAGCACCCCCUGCAGGCUUUAUUCCUGUGCCACGGACCACAGCUGUACGAAAGCCAGAGGUUAAGGGAGUGUCAAAACCUUCGGCUGCUCCUGCAGGAAAACUUCCAUCCCAGAGUGCCUUUGUCGACAACCAGCAGGGGUCUCCACUGAUGCCCAUUUCAGAGAAUCACAAACAUCUGGAGCAGAACUUUACUGCCAAGGCAGCUGAGGACCCUGUGGCUCUCCUGCAGGUUGCUCAUGAAUCUGCCAGUCUGUCUAAGGUGAAGACAGAGGAGCAGCUUGCUGCAGAAAAGGCCUGGUACAACACUGAGAAGGUGUGGCUAGUCCAUAAAGAUGGCUUCUCUUUGGCAACUCAACUCAAGAUGGACCCGGGUUCUCUUCCAGAGGGAAAAGUGAAGGUCAGACUGGAGCAUGAUGGAACAUUACUGGAAGUUGACGAGGAAGAUGUGGAGAAGGCAAAUCCCCUGUCAUAUGAUAGAGUGGAGGAUCUGUCGUCUCUUCUUUAUCUCAACGAGUCCAGCAUUCUUCACACUCUGCGUCAGCGCUUUGGCGGCAACCUGAUUCACACUUAUGCUGGGUCCAACCUGCUUGUGAUUAAUCCUCUCAGCUUCCCUGCCAUGUAUUCAGAGAAGGUGAUGCAGAUGUUUAAGGGCUGCAGGAGAGAGGAAACGGCUCCUCAUGUCUUUGCUAUAGCACAGUCUGCAUAUCGUCAGCUGCUGACCACACGUCAGGACCAGACCAUCGUGCUGCUGGGCAGGAGUGGUAGUGGAAAGACCACGAACAGCCAGCACCUAUUGCAGUACCUAGUCACCAUCGCAGCAGGCAGUGGGAAAGUGUACUCUGCUGAAAAAUGGCAGGCUGUCUACACUGUUCUGGAGGCAUUUGGGAAUUGUAGUACAGUCAUGAACGGGAAUGCCAGCCGCUUCUCACACAUAGUCUCUCUCGACUUUGACCAGGCAGGACAGGUGGCCUCUGCAUCUGUUCAGACCAUGUUGCUGGAGAAGUUCAGGGUGACCAGACGACCAGAGGCAGAGUCAAGCUUCAACGUGUUUUACUAUCUGAUGGCCGGGGCAGAUGCAUCUCUAAAGACUGAACUGCACUUCAAUCACUUUGCUGAGAACAGUGCAUUUGGGCUCUUUCCUCCUUCUAAGCCUGAGGACAAGCAGAAAGCUGCACAGCAGUUCGCUAAGCUACAAGCUGCCAUGAAGGUCCUGGGAAUUUCUGGUGAAGAGCAGAAAACAGUGUGGCUGAUCUUAGGGGCAAUAUACCACCUUGGUGCAGCUGGUGCUACAAAAGCGGGCCGAAAGCAGUUUGCCAGGCACGAGUGGGCACAGAAAGCUUCAUAUCUCCUGGGCUGCACACUGGAAGAGCUCUCAUCCGCCAUCUUUAGACUGCAGGGCAAAGGCUCCCUGCCCCGCUCAGCCAGUGUCCGACAGAGUACAGAUGAUACAGACAGCUUGGCAUCGAAAGCGACUGCAGCAGAGUGUUUAGAAUCCAUGGCGUCUAGUUUAUACUCUGAACUUUUCACGCUUCUCAUCUCUCUUAUUAACAGAGCUCUGAAGUCCAGUCAGCAUUCUCUCUGUUCUUUGAUGAUUGUGGACACUCCAGGAUUCCAGAAUCCCCGUCAGGUAAAGAACCAGCGUGGAGCCACGUUUGAGGAGCUCUGUCACAAUUAUGGUCAGGAGCGACUGCAGACGCUUUUCCAAGAGCGAACGUUUGUACAGGAGCUGGAGCGUUACAAAGAGGAAAACAUUGAGAUCACAUUGGAUGACCUGGAGCCUAGCCCUUCUCGAUCAUUAGCUGUGAUUGAUCAGUCCUCUAGUCAGGCCCUGGUACGUACACUAUCCCGGACAGAUGAGGCGAGGGGUCUGUUCUGGCUGAUGGAGGAGGAAGUUCUGCAGCCGGGAGGAUCCGAGGACACACUUCUCCAAAGACUCUUCAAUUACUACGGCCCUGCAGAGGGGGAGAGCAAAGGUCACACUGUGCUGGUAAAGAGUGAAAACACGCAUAACUUCCUGCUCGGCCACAGUCAUGGGACAGAUUGGGUGGAAUACGACACAAAUGGUUGGCUGAACCUUGCCAAGCUAAACCCCACCCCGCAAAAUGCAGCCAAUCUGCUUGCGAAUUCCCAGAAGAAGAGCAUUAGUGGAUUGUUUGUGGGCCGCUCCAGCAGUGCUGCGGUUCUGAGCGGCUCUAUUGCUGGGCUGGAGGGUGUCUCUCAGCUGGCCAUGCGUCGGGCCACCGGCAUGAGGAAGACCUUCACCACAGGCAUGGCUGCAGUCAAGAAGAAGUCUCUUUGCCUUCAGAUAAAACUUCAAGUGGAUGCUCUGUUGGAUACCGUCCGCAGAUCCAGAGUUCACUUUGUGCACUGUCUGUUACCCCGAGCGGAGGCACUACGGACAGCAGGGUCCCCAGAGGCCCCAGGGGAAAUCUGUGACCCUGGACUCAUGCAGCUAGAUGUGGCUUUACUAAGGGCUCAGGUCCGUGGCUUCAAACUGCUGGACAGCUUGAGGAUUUACAGACAAGGUUUCCCUGAUCACAUGGUCUUCUCUGAGUUCCGAAGACGCUUUGACGUUUUGGCUCCUCACCUGACCAAGAAACUGGGCCGAAACUACAUUGUGAAGGAUGAGAAACGAGCAGUAGAGGAGUUAUUGGAGUCCCUGGAAUUGGAGAAGAGCAGCUAUCACAUGGGCCUGAGCAGGGUAUUCUUCAGAGCUGGAACUGUGGCUAAACUCGAGGGACAAAGGGAUGAAUAUACCAGACAGAACAUCACACUGUUCCAAGCAGCCUGCAGGGGGUACUUGUCCCGGCAGGCCUUCAAGAAGAGGAAGAUCCAGGAUUUGGCCAUCCGUUGUCUCCAGAAGAACAUUAAGAAGAAUCAUGGUGUGAAGGACUGGCCUUGGUGGAAGCUUUUCACCACCGUACGGCCUUUAGUAGAAGUUCAGCUCACUGAAGAACAGAUUCGAGGAAAAGACGAGGAGAUCAUGUAUCUGAAGUUAAAGAUGGAGAAGGUGGAGAAGGAGAGAAAUGAGCUGCGACUGACUUCGGAUCGUUUGGAAAGCAGAAUCACAGAGCUGACUGCAGAGCUGUCGGAUGAGAGGAACUCUGCGGAGUCUACGUCACAGCUGCUGGAGACGGAAACAAGUGAGAGGUUACGGCUUGAGAAAGACAUGAAGGAUAUGCAGGUGAAGUUUGUUGCUGUUAAGAAACAGAUGGAGUCCAUGGAGAUGGAGAUCAUGGAGGCAAGGCUCCUCCAAGCAUCAGAACUCAACGUUGAUAUGGACAACGACGAUGAUGACGAUUCAGGUGGUGAAUGGAGACUGAAAUAUGAACGAGCCAUUAGAGACACAGAAUUCACAAAGAAGAAACUCCAGCAGGAACUGGAUGACAAGCUGGAGACAGAACAACAGAACAAAAGACACCUGGAGAGAAAAUUAGCAGACUUGCAGGCCGAUCAGGAGGAGUCUCAGCGAUCUAUCCAGCAGCUGAAGAAGAAAUGUCAACGACUGGGAGCUGAACUGCAAGACACCAAACUGCACCUGGAAAAUCAAGAGGGACGCAACCAUGAACUGGAGAGAAAACAGAGAAAGUUUGAUGUGGAGCAGAACCAGGUUCACGAGGAACUACAGAGGGAGAGGAACCAGCGGGAGAAACUGGCCAGAGAGAGAGAUAUGUUGUCUGGGGAAAUAUUUACAAUUAGACAACAGAUACAGGAAAAGGAAACAGAGCAGUGUGCUGUCAGUCUGAAGUUGGAGCAGCUUGAAUCCGAGCUCCAGGACCUAUCCUCCCAGGAGUCAAAAGAUGAGGCAUCACAUGCAAAGAUUAAGAAACAAUUGCGUGACCUGGAUGCCAAGGUCAAAGAUCAGGAGGAGGAGCUUGAUGAACAGGCUGGAACCAUUCAGAUGCUUGAACAGGCAAAGCUCCGGUUGGAAAUGGAGAUGGAGAGACAAAAACAAACACACUCCAAAGAGCUGGAGGGUAAAGAUGAGGAGGUUGAGGAGAUCAGACUGUCCUGCAGUAAGAAGCUAAAACAGAUGGAAGUGCAGUUAGAGGAAGAAUAUGAAGAUAAACAGAGGGUUCUGAGAGAGAAGAGAGACCUUGAGUCUAAACUGAUGACCGCUCAGGAACAGGUUGGUCAAAAGGACGUUGAGACAGAGAAGCGUCUCAGAAAGGACCUGAAGCGCACAAAGGUUCUGCUGGCUGAUGCUCAGAUCAUGCUGGACCAUCUGAAGAGUAAUGUGCCCAGCAAAAGAGAGAUUUCCAUUCUCAAAAAUAAGUUGGAGGAGUCGGAGUUCGCCUGUGCAGCUGCAGUUAAAGCACGCAAGUCUAUGGAGCUGGAGAUUGAAGACCUUCACAUCCAGAUGGAUGACAUUACCAAAUCCAAGAUGUCUCUUGAGGAGCAGGUGAGUCGUCUACAAAGGGAAAAGAAUGAUCUGCAGUCUCGCUUUGAGGAAGAUCAGGAGGACAUGAACGAACUGUUGAAAAAACACAAAGCUGCAGUAGCUCAGUCUACCAGAGAUCUGGCACAGCUCAGCGACCUGCAGACCCAGCUGGAAGAGGCCAUGAAGGAAAAACAAGAGAUACAGGAUAAGCUCCACUCCUUGCAGUCACAUCUUGAAUUUCAGGAGCAGUCCAUGGUGGAAAAAUCGCUGGUCAGCCGACAGGAAGCUAAAAUCCGUGAACUUGAGACAAAAUUAGAAUAUGAGAGAACCCAGACUAAACGCCUGGAGUCUCUUGUAACACGGCUGAAGGAGAACCUGGAGAAGAUGACUGAGGAGCGAGAUCAGCGUGUCACCAGCGAGAACCGGGAGAAGGAUCAGAACAAGCGCAUGCAGCGUCAGAUCCGAGACAUAAAGGAGGAGAUGACAGAGCUGUCUAAGAAAGAGGCAGAAGCCAGUCGCAAAAAACAUGAGCUGGUAAUGGAUAUUGAAAGCUUGGAAGCAGCCAAUCAGAGCUUACAAGCAGAUCUGAAGUUGGCCUUUAAGCGGAUUGGUGACCUGCAGGCCGCUAUGGAGGAUGAAAUGGAAACGGAUGAUGACGAAGACCUCAUCAGCAGUUUACAAGACAUGGUGACAAAGUAUCAAAAAAGAAAGAACAAAACUGGCAAUGAAUCAGAUAUGGACUCUGAGGUGGAAGACCGUGUGGAUGGUGUGAAGUCAUUGCUCUCCAAGAGCAAGGGAUCCACCAAGACACUCACUGAUGAGGGAAGCUUGAAGACCCCCAGACACCCAAAUGCAGCUAAUGCAGAUGUAAAAGAUAUGAAAGAGGGGAGGGAGGGUAAAGAGGGGAAAAAUGAAGUAAGAAAAGAGUCCGAUGAGAGCCGCCCAGUUUCUGCGAUGAGCUCGCUCAGCUACAGGAAACGCUCCCAUCUAAAGGACUGGAAUGGCGGCACAGGGGAUGAGAGUUCCCUAUUCAGUGCCUUGCGGGAGCAGCCGGACAUGCCUGACCGAGCGUCACUGCGCAAAGCUAGGAACAAAUCCACUGACGGGCCUCAGAUUGGUGAUGAUCCGGAUGACCGGGGUUCUGUGAUUUCCCAGGCCUACUCUGAGGCAACCAGCAGGGCCAGAAAAGGCUUGGACCGCCGCUGGACCAAGAGCAGUCCGGAAUUUGAUAAGGAGUCUACUGUGUCUUCCGUGGCCCCAAGCCGAGCUUCCACCCACCGGGGGUUGGACCAGGAUGAUGAUGCUCGAUCCGGUGUGAGCAGCUUCAGUUUGAGGCGUAGUACCUCCUGGAUGGAUGACAAUCGCAGCGAUUAUGAACCAGUGGGCACCAGUCAGCGAUCUAGAAGCCGUAGUCCUGGCAACACCAGCAUUAGUUCACGAAUAUCUCUGGCCCGCAGCACACGUCUUAGCGAGUUUGGUGUUCGUUUGAAUGAUAAUGAUAAUGAUGAUGAUGUUGAUUCUGUGAGCGUGGCUGCGUACAGUCCGCGCUUGCAUGGCCGUAGUCUGUCCACCCCAGCUCAACUGCGCUCCUCUGAGAACCCAUUGGAUGCUUCUGACGUUAAACCAGUGAGCCAUCGGAACUAUCUGGACCCCGAGCUUGAAAAAGCCAUCAAUGAAGUCCUGAGCUUCAAGCCUAUCAAAUUUAAACGUCGCAGCCUGGAGGAUUCAGAUGAAGAGGAGGGAGGAGUUAAAGUAGGAGAGAAUGAAGACAGAAAGAGUGUCAAAAGUUUGCUGCAUGAAAAGGACAAUGAAGAUCUGGGUCGGAGUGGGUCCAGUCUUAGACGCUCGGCUUCGGGUUCUGCAGUGGAUUAUGGACGCUGUGGAAGCUCGCUUAGUUCCUUGAGCUCCAAGAGCAGCAGCAGCAAGAAGAAGAAAAAGAAGAAGAGUAGACGCUCAGAAUCCGACAGUUCAUCCAACGAGGGUCAUGCACGACGACGCUCCAGACAGAAAGACAAGAAAGGUUCCAGACGGAAGAGUGAACCCCAAGAGUCUGGAUCUUCAAAGUCAGAAUCAGAUUCAGAAUCAUCUUCUAGCUCUGCAUCAACCAUCUCUUAUCGCAGCUCAAACAGCGUGAAAAGGGCAGCUGCACAGAAAGCCUCUGAUGGUGAUCAAGAGUGCCCUUCUGAGGAACGACCCCCCAGCAAAAAAGAAGUGAAGAAACAAAAGAAAAAGGUGGACAGUCUUGUGAUGAAGUAUCUCUACAAGCCUGACAGUGAUUAAGGAUCAUAAACAGUCCCCCUCUCUACAGAUCACAUUCAGUCGAACGUGCUGAAGACAGUGCUGGACUAGAGAAAGGACAUAUGAUCGUUAAAGACAGUGAUGUUGACACCCAGCCUUUAGAAAGCACAGCGUAGGUCUUAUCUGCUGCUUAUAUGCACUGAAAAGUGCCUCCAUUUACCUCUCAUUUAUGGGAAAUGUGUGGAACUUAGGUCUGUUUUAAGCCUGCAAUGGAGCUAAAGCCCCUCCCAUGUUUUCUGCACCUGCGUGGCACAUGUAUUUAUUUAGACCUCACAUGUCUCAAUCAACUGUCCCGCUAAGAAAUAUAAAAGUAAUAUAAUGUGAAAAAGAAUUAAAUUUGUAUCUUAUCUAUGUUUAUUUUGUUUGUUAGAGUGUCUGCUUUUUGAGACCUUUUGGCCUCGAAUUUGCUUGAGUGAAAUGCAUAACACUGCUUUAGUUUGGAGUAGGGUGAAAUAGUGUGUUUAUAUUUCUCUUCUUUCUGUCUGUCUUUGUUUAAAGGUGCACUCAGUAUUUUUUUUGAAUAUGUCAUCUAGGACUUACAGUGACACCUAGGGGUGUGGAUGCUGCAUCAUUCAAACGGAAUAGUUUUUAGUUAACAAUGCUAUUGUAGAAAUUCACUAUUCACUGUCAGGCAGGAUUAAUUUAAUCCCUGGGUUAAGUGUCCAGUAACAGGGCGGUUACUGAGAUUAAGCGAGUAGUAAUUGGCUGGUCAUGUGAUUCUAACAUGGAAGCCCCCAUGAGGAGACCCCUCCAUUUAGAAUAAAUAAAAUGGCUUUUAUAAGCUUACUGACAUGACUGGAGUCUUCAUUUUAAUGUGAGUGAACAUGAUUUUAUACAUGUGUUUCAAAAUUACAAUUAAUUUCUUUAGAAGUAAAUCAUUUUAAAUGAGGAAAAAAUUACUGAGUCCACCUUUAAUUUGCUUAUGAGCUGUUCAUUUUCCUAUGGAAGUUAAUCUAGCACAGGUGUACUGAACAGAAGGAUUUACAAUCCUAAACCCCUAUAUGAUUCAACAGAGUUUAUUUUAAUGUGGGAUGCAUCAUGUUUGGGCCUUAAUGACAUUUAUAUCCUUUAAGUAAAACUAACAGUAAUUUACUACCAUAUAGUUUAACUAAAAUAAAAAUAAAGCAUAUUGAUUAUUAAUGGGAAUCUAAUAAUUUCUGAUAUUGUGUCGGAGUCUGUGUGUGUGGUACGUGCAUGCCUGCUACUGUAUGUGUGUUUUCGCCAUUGUUUUUCUAUGCAUUAAAUAAGAAUGUAGACUUUUAUUAUGGAAAUACGUAAAAAAAAAAAGAGACUUUUAUCCAUGCAGUGG